AUGGACUAUGACUUUAAAGUGAAGCUGAGCAGCGAGCGGGAGCGGGUCGAGGACCUGUUUGAAUACGAGGGCUGCAAAGUUGGCCGAGGCACUUAUGGUCACGUCUACAAAGCCAAGAGGAAAGAUGGGAAGGAUGAUAAAGACUAUGCUUUAAAACAAAUAGAAGGAACUGGGAUCUCUAUGUCGGCAUGUAGAGAAAUAGCAUUACUUCGAGAGCUUAAGCAUCCAAACGUCAUCUCUCUUCAGAAAGUGUUUCUGUCUCAUGCUGAUAGGAAAGUGUGGCUUCUUUUUGACUACGCUGAACAUGACCUCUGGAAACCUGCUAAUAUUUUAGUUAUGGGUGAAGGUCCUGAGCGAGGAAGAGUAAAAAUUGAUAUUUGGGCUAUAGGGUGUAUAUUUGCAGAACUACUAACGUCAGAACCAAUAUUUCACUGUCGACAAGAGGACAUCAAAACUAGUAAUCCUUAUCACCAUGACCAGCUGGACAGAAUAUUCAAUGUAAUGGGAUUUCCUGCAGAUAAAGAUUGGGAAGAUAUAAAAAAGAUGCCCGAACAUUCGACAUUAAUGAAAGAUUUCAGAAGAAAUACGUAUACAAACUGCAGCCUUAUCAAGUAUAUGGAAAAACAUAAAGUUAAACCAGAUAGUAAAGCAUUCCACUUGCUUCAGAAGCUGCUGACCAUGGACCCAAUAAAGCGAAUUACCUCAGAGCAGGCUAUGCAGGAUCCCUAUUUCUUAGAAGACCCACUUCCUACAUCCGAUGUUUUUGCCGGUUGUCAAAUCCCUUACCCAAAACGAGAAUUUUUAACAGAAGAAGAACCCGAUGACAAAGGAGACAAAAACCAGCAGCAGCAGCAGGGCAAUAACCACACUAACGGAACUGGUCACCCAGGGAAUCAAGACAGCAGUCACACACAGGGACCCCCGUUGAAAAAAGUGAGAGUUGUUCCUCCUACCACUACCUCAGGUGGACUAAUCAUGACCUCAGACUAUCAGCGUUCCAAUCCACAUGCUGCCUAUCCCAACCCUGGACCAAGCACAUCACAGCCGCAGAGCAGCAUGGGAUACUCAGCUACCUCCCAGCAGCCUCCACAGUACUCACAUCAGACACAUCGGUACUGAGCUGCGUCUGAAUCUUGUCAAUGCACUGUUGCGAAUGCUGCAGGGCUGGCUGUGCAGCUCUCCGCAGGAACCUGGUAUGGGCCGUGAGAAUGUACUGUACAACCACAUCUUCAAAAUGUCCAGUAGCCAAGUUCCACCACUUUUCACAGAUUGGGGUAGUGGCUUCCAAGUUGUACCUAUUUUGGAGUUAGACUUGAAAAGAAAGUGCUAGCACAGUUUGUGUUGUGGAUUUGCUACUUCCAUAGUUUACUUGACAUGGUUCAGACUGACCAAUGCAUUUUUUUCAGUGACAGUCUGUAGCAGUUGAAGCUGUGAAAUGUGCUAGGGGCAAGCAUUUGUCGUUGUAUGUGGUGAAUUCUUUCAGUGUAACAACAUUAUCUGACCAAUAGUACACACACAGACACAAAAGUUUAACUGGUACUUGAAACAUACAGUAUAUGUUAACUCAAUGAAAUAACCAAGACUCAAAACGAGAUUAUUUUGGUACACCUUUCUUUUUAGUGUCUUAUCAGUGGAUUGAUUCAUUUUCUACAUUAAUCAAUCAGUGUUUCUUGACCAAGAAUAUUGCUUGGAUUUUUUUUUUGAAAGUACAAAAAGCCACAUAGUUUCUCCAGAAAGGUUUCAAAACUCCCAAAGAUUAAUUUCCAAUUUAUAAGUUUGUUUUUAUUUUCAAUCUAUGACUUGACUGGUAUUAAAGCUGCUAUUUGAUAGUAAUUAAAUAUGUUGUCAUUGAUAUAAACAUGUUUGGUUCAGCAAACAAACUAAAAUGAUUGUCAUAGACAGUGUUUUAUUUUUCCUGUUGGUGUUGCUGAUUUGUGAGCAUGCUUUAAGAUGAAAAAAGCAUGAAUGAUAACUUCUUUAAAGAGGUGCGGCAUCCAAUUCAGAUAUUUUGUCCUGAUUUUAAAGCUGGUUGGUGUAGUGCUAUUAUAAUUUUGUUCAAUUAAUUUUCUUUUAAAAAAUUUGUUCGCACGUUGUUUAGGGUGCCCUUACUUCAGCAAAGGAGAAGGAGUAGGAGAGCCUUAGAAUUUUUGAGGAAAAAAAAAAACCUAUAACAUACAAUGUACUGUAUCAAACUAUUUUACAUGAAUGACACAAGUAUUCUGAAUAAAAAAAAUAAUUGAACAUUGUUAAAAACAAGGUGUUAUGUAAUAAAUUUAUUUUUCA